AACAUCCGCAAUGGCAACUGGUAACCGUAAUCCGGAGAACUUCACAUCAUUGUCACCAAUCGUAAAGGCUCCAAUAACCGAUACUCUUUCGGUUCCACUCUCCCAACAGGGACGUAUCUGCGGAUUCUUUGAAUCUCAAUUCUACCGUUGUAUGGAGGCUUACGGAGCAAAGAUGGGACGCAAGUAUUGUGAUCUCGAGCAUCGUGACUUCCAGGAGUGUGUCACUGGGGAUAAACAGAAGAAGAGAGCUGACGCCAUCCGUGAACAACGCUGCAAGCUGUUCCUCGACGGAAAAAUCGCGAAGCCAUACGUCGACAAUCAUCCAGAACCGGGACAAUUCAAGACUGAUCACUUCCAGUGGAAUCGUAUCAACUAGAUACUUGAAGUGCCUUUAGUUUCGAGAGAAAUCGCCUUAUUUUUUGUAGUUUUCAUUU